CGCCGGAUGUAGUAGUGGAGGCUUGGGAGCAUGGAGACAGAGGCCGGUGUGACUGCAGAGCCGUCCUCUCGGCGGGAGGCUACGGCGUCCACCGACGACCGGCUUUUCCUGGUUAAAGGUGGAAUUUUCCUUGGUACUGUUGCUGCAGCCGGAAUGCUAGCUGGAUUUUUUACAACAUUAUCAUUGGCUAAAAAGAAAAGUCCUGAAUGGUUCAAUAAGGGAAGUGUGGCCACAGCUGCCUUACCACAGAGCGGGUCUUCCCUUGCCUUGCGAGCCCUGGGGUGGGGCUCACUGUAUGCCUGGUGUGGGGUUGGUGUGAUCAGCUUCGCAGUCUGGAAAGCUUUAGGAGUUCACAGUAUGAAAGACUUCCGAAGUAAAAUGCAAUCAAUAUUUCCAGCAAUUCCCAAGAACUCUGAAUCGGCUGUUGAGUGGGAGGAAGCAUUGAAAUCUAAAUGAGACGAGCGUGGUGGAUGAAGUCCUGAACGAUUGUUAUAGGAAAGGCUGGCUUUGGAGAUGCCACAGCAGCAAAGGGAACACAUGCAGAUUAUUGACUGAACCUAUGGGAUGGAUGGCAUUCAGUGUCCUCAUAGGAGCCGACAGUCAUUUCUGUGUGCUGUACUUUACGACUGAUUUGGUUACGUUCAUAUGGGGUGGGGGGGAUGAGUUGGAGGGAGGCAAAGUUCUCCCAAAUUUAGGAAGACUAUUUAAAAAUAAUUACGUGUAUAAAUACAGCUGAUUCACUUCGGUGUACCUCAAAAGCUGGUACAAGAGUAUAAAGCAAUUAUUUCCCAAUAAAGAGCUUAAAAAAUAAAUAAAUAAAAAUAAAAAUAAUUAUAUGGAUACAUUCUCUAUGUGGAGGAAAUCCCAGGAGAAAUACUUUUAUGACUAUAAUAGUUGAAACCAAGUUUUUUUACCUGAAAAAAAAAAUUAUAACGUAUAAUGGGAAAAUCUUUAUAAACAGACUCCUAACAGCAGUAGUCCCCCAGUGUGUCUGAUUAAGUAAGUUUCAACAGCCAUUCUUGUCAGUAUGUGGUGUCAGAACUUGGAGGACUUGCUCCUGUGUGACGGGUUCAUAGGUGAAUCCUGUCCAUCAGGCAGUGCACGUGGCUCUGUUGUCCUGAACACAGUCUUUCAUUUGUAUGUGCUAGUUAUUUACCUGACAGCCUCACCUUAAGGUCCUGUAAAUUCUUAGACAAGAAGCCAGUGACAGAUUAUGAUAACCUGAAAGGAUAAUCAUGAGAAAAUAAUAAUGACAUCAUGGGUGUAGAAUGUACUUUUUUGACAAGUUGGUUCUGGGUCCCUAAACACUGACAGACAGUUUAUAGUUUUAUCUGUUGUCAAUACAAAAAUAGUCCAGUUAUCACCUAUCUUAACAAAUAUUUUUAACCAGAAAGAUACCUGAGUAUUGAGUCUCAGGUAAAUUAAAAAAAUUUUUUAAGAAAAGUACUUUUAAUAUUGUCAGUAUGUCUAGAAAAAUACCCUCUGGUUGAAUAUCAUUGUGUAUUUUCUUUGUAAUUGCUUAGGCCCUAAUUAGCAAUCAGUUUAAUAAAGUACAUUUGAAACUUAUGUUAUAAUGAAACCUUUUAAUUUUAAGAAAAAAAUUUUAAA